CUUAGAGGCCUAAAGUUUCAUAAAGUCGGAAGGGGUGGAUUCGGAGAGGUAUAUCACGUGAGGCAUAGAAUUGAAGACCAAGAAUAUGCGGUGAAAAUAGUAAAGUUCCUUGACACUUAUGACGAACACAAACGACAAGAAAUACUAAAAGAAGUGCAAAAUUUAGUUAAAUUGCGUUCAGAUUUUGUGGUCAAUUACCGCAACUCAUGGCGUGAAGACAAUUAUCUGUACAUUCAAAUGGAUUUUUAUACACAAAAUCUACAGACAAUUAUCGAUAAUAAGCACAUUGUGUUUGGAAGACAACCGGAAGAGCCGAUGAAAGUCUACGAGUAUUUCAUUUCUUGCGAAAUACUUAAAGAACUGUUAGAAUGUGUGAAGUAUUUGCACGACUCGUGUCCACCGGUUAUCCAUCGGGACCUCAAACCGUCAAAUGUAUUGAUUUCGCAAAAUAGUAAUAAUAAUCGGUUUCUAAAACUUUGUGAUUUCGGUUCCGCCACUUUCCACGACAUGACAAUGACAUCCAUGAGCUACACCUCUAAUGUCGGUUCUGCACAAUAUAUGGCACCAGAAAUAUAUCAGUCCAGAUAUAGCAUUAAGGUUGACAUCUAUAGCCUGGGAAUAAUUUCAACAAAUUAUUUGAAAUCAUUGGCCAAAUGUCUCAUUCAGUUGUAUCCCAUCGGCCGACCAGUGGUCGAGUACUCGACGAUUAUAACCAGUGCAAACACCCUCAGCAGUUGGUCCAAC